GAAUUGCUUGCGUAAAACCACUGCUGUGAACUAUGCGCCGUUGGUAGUGGUAGAUUUAUCGUGGUCAAUAUAAAAGCAAUGUCGCACUCUGCAUUGGCUAGUUCUUUGGGUCCCUUAUACCGAGUAAAAGAUUUUAUGAUGAGGGCCGUCUUUGUCUUAGCGUGUUUGGUUCUUGCGGUGUCGGCUGUAGAGAAAUAUAGUUCAAAGUACGAUAACUUUGAUGUCGACACUUUGAUCUCUAAUGAACGACUUCUGAAGACAUACAUCAACUGUUUCUUGGACAAAGGCAGAUGCACCUCAGAAGGAGCUGACUUCAAAAAGCACUUACCAGAGGCAAUAGAGACGACCUGCGGAAAAUGCAGUGAAAAACAGAAAAGCAACAUCAAAAAAGUUAUUAAGGCCAUCCAGCAGAAACAUCCCAAGCAAUGGGACGAGCUCGUCAAGAAGAACGACCCAACAGGCAAACACAGAGAAAACUUUGAUAAAUUCAUCCAAGGAAGCUAAAUUUUUAAUACUCCUUUUUUUUUAAACGGUAGGUAGUACACAAUGGUGUAUCUAGGCAACGAAAUUAUAAAUAACAAUUUAAUUUGCCUAAUUAACGACUGAUGGACAAAGCAUCGGGCAGUAAAAUAUAUUGUUUGCUUUUAUACUGAUUUUAGGUGAUCGUUAAAUCAUAACCUAUCUACUAACCCUUUUCAAAGUUCAUUUUUAUUCUCUAAUUCCCAUCGACAUAAUAUUAAUUGUGUACCAAGAUUGACUUUAUAAUGAGGCUCCAAUGAAUUGUUAUAACAUAUAAGAUUGUGAUAAAAAAUAUUAAAAAACACGGGGCAUUUGAAUGUGCUUGUGUAGACUGAUAUAAUAAAGAAAUUGUGAUAA